UGGACAGCUCUUCAUCUGUGAACCCUCCUACAUCUGGCUUUCUUGUUUAUGGGUGCGACAACACUGCCAUUUGAAAGAGCACAGACGGACCACUGGCCCUCAACCUGUCUGUCUCUCAUUUCCUCCCCAGUCAGAGAACAACAUAAAGAAGAUGUCUGAUGCUCUUUGCAUUGUGGGUUCGAUGUUUGGCUCAGCAGAAGGACAGCAAGGCUGUGAUUCAUGUUACCUGAUAAACAUGGGCUCUGUCAUAGGCAUUAUUGCCUCUGAUAUCCUCUUGACCAUCUUCAUCACUGUUUCUGUGUUCUGCUUUGCGACUCACCAAAGGAGAAGGAGGGAUUCUCAUGAUGGUAAAAGAAGUCUGCCGUCAUCGGUAUCAAAGAAAAUGGCAUCAGAGGUCACAGAAUCUCCCUACCAGGAGUUACACGGAGUCCAGUCAGAUGUGUACAGUGAGCUUCGGCACUUUAGGAAAUGAAACAAUGGAACUAUAAAAAUGCAAGCUAUAUGUGGAUGACACCACACACUCUUCUACACACAUCCUGUUUAGGUAACAACGUACAUUAUGUUUUUGCAUGUAUAAUAGAUAUAUUAAGGACUGUGUUGUGCUGAAUGUGAUGUUCGCUGCUUCACAUUCUUGUUUUUGUGAAUCUUAAGCUGUUUUCAAAUUUGUAUUUAACUGAUUGUAAAUUAAAGUAUUUAAAGGAAAUGAAAAAGAUGCAUUUGUAUUUAUAUUCUCAGGAAUUACUGGCAACUUGAUUUCAGAUACUGAGAUAAAAGCAACAACUUAAAGGUAGAUUUGGUUCUAGGUUACUAAAAAAAUGGUUGUUGUGCUCAUUUCUGAUGUCAUUUUCUGACAUUUCUGUAAACGCUGUAGCAGUUUACUGUGUUUAAACAGUUUCCAUACGUAAGCCGGACACAAAUUUGUCAAAACUUCUUUAUUUCACAUGAUCACACAACAAAAAAAAUACAUGUAAAAAUCUAAAUGUGGAUGAAAAAGUCCCAGAAGCGACUGCAUUUGGAAGCAGCCAGUCGAUGACUCAACAGAUGACAGUCCCUGACUCAGUAUGAGGAAGAAAUAGAAUCUGGAAAAGGAGAGAAAAACAAUUGCUAUUCAACAUUACACUCAUAUCAGAUGAAUAACAAAGCAAGGUCUAGGAAACUGUUUCUCAUAAUUAGACGAGGAUGAAAUGUAACUCAUUUAAAUGUGUAUGAUGUGGUGUGGUUGUUUCCCUGAAUCAGACUGAACGGAUAGAGAUAUAAGCACAUUGGAAACACACCUUCGCAAGAUCAUCAGGAGGCUCGGCUCUUUGCUGGAGCAGAGAAGCUACUGGGCAUGUGCUCUGGAGGUGCUAAAACAUAUAUGAGAAAUGACAGAUCUUUCAGGAAAGCAGUCACUGUAUGCAUUGGUUAUCAAACACUGUUGUUACAAUAUUCACUAGUGGAAGAAAAAGCUGAUCUUACCUAUUGGAUAGUACGUUUCAGAGCUGAUAAAUUCUCUAGUUUCUGUGGGAAUAUUAAAUAUCAAUUGUUCAUUCUUUGAUUGCUCAGAGCACAAUUCUCGGGGACACAUGCCCCCAGUAUUCAAAUAUGCUAGAAAUAUGGGUAGAUGCAAUCAAUGUCAAACACUGUACUUGCUCCCUGUUUACUACUUCAUUACUUUCAAAUGUAUUAGUGGAAAACUAUUGAGUGUUAUGUAUGCUAUAUCAAUGUUCAUUGUUGUAGUUUUUGGAAAGUAUUGGUAUAUAAUUUUUAAAAAUGUUAUGUCAUAGUAUAGUCAUAAAAACAUCUUUAAAAAUGUCAUGAUAUGUCAUAAAAAAAAACAUUAAA